UUUCAUUGGAAUAAACAAGGAAACUGGAAAGUAUAUAUACCAUGAUUACGAUAGGAAAUGUCAUAUUGAAUAUAGCACUCAAAACCAAACUUAUGAUGAAGUCGAUCGUGUGUAUUUUUGCUAUUGUAGCUGUUAUUGAAGCUGUCAGUGAUACAGAUUCUUGGGAAAACUUCAAGACCACUUUUUCCAAGUCCUAUCGAAACAUAGUGGAAGAGAAACAGCGCUUCAAUAUUUUUCUAUCGAAUUUGUUGAGGAUCGAAGAACACAAUGAGAAAUUUGAAAGAGGCCAGACUACCUACAGAAUGGGUGUCAACAAAUUCGCAGACCUGACUCCUGAAGAAUUCAUGGAGAGAAUGAAAUAUUCGAAAAAUUUCAAGCCAAAGUUUGUUACUCAGAAAGUUGAAAUGGAAUUUGAUGGAGACCUACCUAAAGAAGUAGACUGGACCAAGAAAGGAGCUGUUACAGAUGUUAAAGACCAAGGCGACUGUGGAUCUUGUUGGGCUUUCAGCACUACAGGGUCCGUGGAGGGUCAAGUCGCCAUAAAAACUGGACAACUAUAUUCCCUCAGUGAACAACAAUUGGUAGACUGCGCUACAGACUGCUCAGGUUGCGAUGGGGGGUAUAUGGACAAAGCUAUGGAUUACAUCAUUGCGGCUGGUGGCCUCAUGAUGGAAAAAGACUACCCAUACCAGGAAUCAGACGGCAUAUGUAGAUUCAACAAAUCACGUGGGAUUGCUCAAAUAGAUGCCUACAAAGACAUAAAAGCUAAUGACGAAGUCGCUCUCCAAAUAGCUGUAGCUACAAUAGGACCUAUUUCAGUUGCGAUAAGUGCAUCUGGAAAUUUUCAAUUUUAUGAAGCAGGUGUAUUUUUUGAUACAAUGUGUGGUAACGAGGAGUUCAACCUAAACCACGGAGUACUUGCCGUUGGAUAUGGUACAGAGAAUGGUAAAGACUUCUGGCUGGUGAAGAACUCCUGGGGUACCAGCUGGGGAAUGGAAGGAUACAUUAAGAUGUCCAGAAAUCAGAAUAAUCAAUGUGGAAUUGCAACAAACGCUUCUUAUCCAGUCACGAAGUCAUAAUUUGAUUCAAAAAAAAUUUAUUAUAUUUUCCGUUUUAUAAAUCAUGUUAUUCUAAGAAACAAUAAAAGAGUUUUUUGAAAACUCAA